AGCGGCGUCUAUCUCAGCCUUUCCAUUCAUAAUGUCGUACUUUCUUCCGCAUCUACCAUCUGGCUGGCAUGUUGACGAGGCCAUCAAAUCGGAAGAAGAUAGAGUUGUAGUCAUCCGCUUUGGACAUGACUGGGAUAGCCAGUGCAUGACAAUGGACGAGACCCUCUACUCUGUCGCUGAGAAAGUCCAGAACUUUGCAGUCAUUUACCUUGUCGACAUCACUGAGGUUCCUGAUUUCAAUAAGAUGUAUGAGUUGUACGAUCCUUGCACGGUUAUGUUCUUCUAUCGGAAUAAGCAUAUCAUGAUUGAUCUUGGUACGGGUAAUAACAAUAAGAUAAACUGGGCCAUGGAUAAUAAACAAGAGCUCAUUGAUAUCAUCGAGACCGUCUACCGUGGAGCCUCUAAAGGGCGCGGUCUUGUGGUUUCCCCCAAAGAUUAUUCCACUCGUUACAGAUACUAAUUGUCAGAGGCAAUAACAUGAUAAACGGCGAAAUAGUUAAGUAGCAUCGAUGUGCAUUUUUUGACUUGUUCAGUAAAUUCGAGGUUUAUUUUCAUUUUUCAAUCGAUAACUUGCUCUAUG